AUGCUGCGGUCCCCAAGUCAACUGGUCCCAGGGAACUCGGGGCGUCUCCGCUCUGCACAGGGGAACAGACCGGUGUCGUCGGCCGAGCCCGGGGAUAGACAACAGCGGAUGUCCCCCACGGAGUUCCUAUCUUUGAUGCUGGGGAUAUCGGUUGCGCUGAUGCUGAGCGGGUCUGCGACUUUUGUGCUUGGAUUCAUGCUGAUGCCUUGGGUCAUUGGGAUGGCGAUGUUCCUAUUUUUUUGUGGGAUUGUUUCGUACCUGUCAGCGCUGGGCUGGUCGGUUCUUUGCCCCACUCCUGUGUUCCAAAGAACCCCACGAAAGGAAGUGUCAGGUAAGACCGCGCACGUGUUGCUGAAUCAGAGUCUGUUUUCUAUCCUUUGUCUUAUUUUGCCAUUGAAAACCUCUGGAACGGGAUAACCUCGUCUUUCGAUUGUGUUAUAUUCCCCAUGAUGCCGACAAAAUUUCCUGUUGAGCGUGAAAAAAGAUUCCUGUUAUUUUUUCUCUGUAUUAUUUCACACUUGUCAGGGGAAUGUGAACAAACUUAUGAUAUUUGUGAUCCUGACAGAAUUGGGGAUUAAUUUCUUCAUAAAAUCAUCAAAUAGGCGUGCAUUUGGAUCAAUUAAUCUAUUCACCACCUCCAUUUUCCCAUAGGAUGAAGUAUCGAAGAAUAAUUGAAAAAUUAUAUGAACGGAAGACUCAAACCCCAACUCAAAUUCUCUGUUUAUUACAAGACUACUGUUAUAGUUUUCCCCGCUAAAAAUGGAAGGUUUCGUUGUUUAACCAUUUGAGAUCAAAGUACGGAUGUGAGCUUGUCAAAGGACAAAGGACAUAACACCUUAUAUUUUCUUUGGAAAACUUCUCAAUUUAGAAAAUUUUCCACAUUAACUCUUCAACAGGUAUAUUUUGAACGAACUUUUAAACCUUCAGAAGAGGAAGUCACAACACGCUCCUCUCAAGAUAGAUCAAAAUUUAUCCCUGCUGAGUCUUUUGGCUACCUCACUCGACGACUUCUAUCUUCUUCUUCUGCUGAACUCCUCAAAUAAAUUCUGUUCGUGCAAUCUAUUUUUAUCCUGUUUAUGCUUUGUUUGUAGCCAGCAGUAAGAGUAAGGUAGAACCUUCGUCCAUUUAAACUUCUGGGUGGCCAAUUUGAUGAGUGCACAUGCAUCUUUUCUUCUCUUAUUGGACUCGGGUGGCAGUUGGAGACUUGAUUUAUUUCCCUCGUUUUAAUUCACUGUCCAUUGCUGUGAUGUUGAUAACUUGUUUUAGCAUUCAAUUGAUGGAUUCUCAUAGGAAAUCAUCCUCGUAUUUUCUCCCACUGGGGGCUGCUUUGGAUAUUAAUUUUAUCUUCAUAUCUUCCUCGCUGUCCACUCACUGUUCGAUGAUGUCAAAUUGAAUUGAAUAAUUACCGUGAAUAGUUUUUAGCUGUGUACAGAGUAUGUAUGAUCAACUCAGGGGAAACCAUUUUGGAUCUAUUAUUUUUAUUUUUAUUUAUUUUUAGUUUGGUAAAUUGUUUCAUGUGUGGCAAAAAAGCUCGAGGGCCAGAUGUGAUAGAAUCAGUGUAAUCACCGGUGAUCUCUGCACUUUUUCUUCAUGUUCUUGAGACAUCAUACUGUCUUUGAUCACAGGAAGCGUAUCUCAUCCCUUAAGUUGUCAUUUAGGGUUUUUUCCUACUGAAAUCUGAACAUCAAGGUGGUUUUUUUUUUUAAAAAACUUUUCUUGGAUCAUUCGAUUAUUGUUUAUAUUAUGAAAGUACGUCACUGAGUAUGCUUAAUCAUCAUUCAAAAGGCCUUUGCACUGAUGAACAGUUUCCUCGACAACCUCCGAUCUUCGAUAUCUUUUCUGAGAUUGCACCCAUUUGAUUAAAUACUCCAAAUUGCUCUGGAUGUCAUUGGCUCUCAUCUCUUCGGCUAUAUCUUCCAAGAACUGAACUAGCCCGUUGUAGCCCAAAUAUUUUUGUGAUGCAUCUAAACGCUUCAGUAUCUCAUCAAAAAUUUCCUCAUGUACCAUCCCCCUCCUCGGAAUCAUUAAAACCAAAAAAAAUUCAGUAUUUUCUUUGUCGUUUGGUUUAUUUUGUUAUUCUCAUGUUGAUAUUCGCAUCCGUAAGCACCCAUUGCUGUAUAGCAGGAUCAAUAAUUAUUAUUUCUUUCGCUUUAAAUCAUAUUUAUUGUUGCUGGUAUUUACUUAUUUUGGUAUCUGAGAAACUAAAUGCGAUGAUCACUUCUCCACGGGCUUCCUCCUUUUCCAUUUUUUUUUUUUUUUAAUUUCCAUUUAUCUCGCAGCCCCUGUCUUACACAGCCAUUCUAUUUCUUCUUCUUUUUUCUUCUUGCAGGCCGCUUUGCCUCAGACUGAUGUAAAUAGAUCGGAUUCGGAAUGGAACAGAGUGAAUCUGAUAAGAACUCCUUCCCCCAAAACUUGUUGUCUACUAGUCACCCAAAUGUUACAUAAAUCUGUAACUGCCGCAUAAGAUCAAUGAUAAUAUGAUGCUCCGUUUAUCAUCUCACCCGAUGCUCAGUUAUUUUAAAUAGAUAUAGAUAUCUGAUAAAACUAUAUCGAGAUGGUUGUAUAUUGUGAUUUUGUUGAAUGGCAUCGAUAAUGGCAUUGAAGAAGUGGAAGAGCAGAAGGUGACGAUGAUGAAGCUUUGGAGUGAGAAUCGGAAACGGAAAUCGAACUACUGAACCAUCGGAGCUACACCGAGAAUCUGCAACCCUAG